GCUGCUGAGAAGAGACGCUGCAAAAGAGCGAGAGACAAAUCUGUCCUUAUGAGCCGAAGGAGUGACAACAGAUCGAGCUGAAGAAUAGAACUAGGAAAGCAACUACUCGCCCGUUCAGGUUGCUGGCACCUGUAAACCUUUUUUCUUUCCCUCUCGUCGUCCCUGAUAUGACUCUUUUCAAGAGUGAACAUUGCAGCCCACAGUACAUGAACAUGACCGGAGAGCUGAAAUCAAGCCGCCCGAAGACAGGAGGAGUCAAGAGGCCGAGCAGUGCUGCGUAUGGGUCAGAGUAUGAGCUGGACUACGACUGCUACCAGGAUGAACUCUAUGACAGGGUGUUUGAUUAUCAGCGCGUCCCAUCUGCUGUGCCUGCGCUGCCCCACAGUUCAACCCUGGCCAAGAGAGCGCGCUCGUCUUCUUCCAGGCAGAGACGCAGCCGAGACCGCUCGUCCUCCAAAAGCACCUCCAGACCCCACUCCUCCAGCAAAGCCAAGUUGAAAAUGGAGGAGCUGCAGACCAUAAAGCGAGAGUUGACGAUGAUAAAGGUUCAGAUUGAUGGCCUGCUGGACAGUCUGGAUAGGAUGGACAGACAAAGGCAGGAGCACACAGGUUCUCCAUUUUCUCACGGAGGGAGCUCAGGAGGUUCACCGUACCACCCAUCGACCAGCAGUCGAGAGGGAUCUCCCAGAACCCCCAGCCCACGCCGCUGCACCCGGAGAGACACUCCUGAGCUGGGAGAAGCCAGCGACGACGAGCCGCAUAUGAUGCAUCAUCACAACUCCGACAUGGAGGAUGAACUGUAAAGAUGAACAACUCAGACUUGUCUGCUGAGUGAUGUAGCAAGACAGAAGAGCCGGAGAUGCAGAAGAAGAAGAAGAAGAGCCCACCCCUGCCUUCACGCCAACAGCUCACGACACAACACAUGCAGCACAUACUGUAUACACACUCCUGGGUCACAUGAGUAAAGCUGGAAGUUGUGGGAUUUACAUUUAGUUUGUUCUUUAUAGCACUCAC